UAGAAAUAAAACUAACCUUGCAUCGCAUGAAUCAUCGAGGGACUACUUUCUCAGCAGCAGCGGAAUUUUACUUUGCGCCAGUUAGUUUUGUAACCGAAUCACGACCGAAGAACGUAAACAGAGAAGCGUGGGACAGAAGCGACUAGGCAACAUGGUGGUUCAGUGUGCUUUCAGAAACUGUACAAAUAAACGCUACAGAUGGUCACCGCAAAGUUUCCACCAAUUUCCAGUGGGAGAUCCAGAAAGGACUCAACUGUGGCUUGUUGCUGGAGGCUUGGACAUAAAAACACCGGCGGAAACUGCGCGCAAUUGGAAGAUUUGUAGCGAUCAUUUCAGACCGGACGACUUUGAGAAACCAAGCAACCUCAAGAGCAAGGCAUCGCUGAAAUCGAAUGCGGUGCCAUCCGUCUUUUCAGAUGCACCAACAGCCACUGGUGAACAGAAAACACAGGAGAUGUGCACUGUACCACAGUCCACCCCUAAAAAGGACUCCGCCGGACCAGGAUCAUCCAAGGACUCAACUGAGUGUUCUGGUGCAUUGAAGAUGUUCAUCUCCACUCCAGAACAGGCUUCGCCACGCCCACAGACACGGCGUUCUUCAUCUGGUUUCUAUUUUGCCUUCCGUCCUCUCCGAAAUUGGAGGUCAAUUGAUGUGACCCACAGUGCAGCAUCAGGCCAGCCGAAGGAAAUCCAAAUGCCAUCAGCACUAGAAAAAACAGUAGCUGAAGAUGACAACCCACUGGAUCUGAGUAUGAGCUCAAUUGAGGCCUCUCCAAGUCAUCCAGUUGACAGGAGCUUUGUUCCACUAUUCAGCACAUCAAGCUCCUCCAGCUCUGACAUACCUGACAUACUCUCGGCUGCAGGAACCAAGUACUGGUCAGAAAAAAAAAGGAUAGUAAACGAGUCCAAGCUAAUGCAGCUCUUCACAACAUGCCAACAGUGUGGAGUGUUAAUUGAAGAGGAAGACAAGAAAGUGACCACUAGUGGGACCCGCAUACACAUCAAGUGGAGCUGUAUGAAAGGACACUCAGGUUCAACUUUCACGGAAAUCUUUGAUUGGGCUGAACUACUGAAUCUCCAAAUUCCAAAGAAGACUACAUUUUACUCCCUGCAAUCCACCUACCUCAUACCAGUGAUUGAGUAUGCAUACCGUGACCAUCACGAAGAGAUGAUGAGCAAUCUACAACUACAGACAGUUGGUGGAGGGAUUUCAAUCUGCGGUGAUGGUCGUUCUGAUUCACCUGGAUUUAGUGCCAAGUACACUACAUACAGUUUCAUGAGUAAUGAAACACAGGAAAUCAUCAUGGUGGAUUUAGUUCAGGAGUUGAAACGCCGCUGGACGUCCGUUCUCCAUCACAUUUGUGGCAUACAUCGCUGGGAGGAAGACGGACAGGAGAGGACUUGCUACCACCGGGACCUCACUGAAGAGCAGCAGAGAAGGAAGAAAUGGCUGCAAACCGACUCUGCUGCAUUCAAGACACUGUCGGACCACGUACUGAACAAGAACCUGUUGAAAGACCUCAACCACAUGACUCUCUUCCAACAUACAGGAGCCCUGGAAGUGUACCACAGUGCAAUGCUGAAGUACACUGAGAAGAGGCUUCACUUCGCCUACAGCUCUAUGAAGGCACGCACCCUACUCUCUGUGAUGGACAACAACGAGAAUGUUGGCCGUCAACAAGCAACGACCAGUGAUGGGACUCCGAGAUACAAUUUGGUUUUUCCCAAACCAUCUAAAAGAUGGGUUGCCAGGAAGAGGUACGAGCCAACCAGGCAGACAUUCAGGAAGGAUUUGGUGGAGCGGGUCCUGGAAAGGCACAAGGAUCCUACUGUGAAGUUUGCAGAUCCACAUUUUUAUAUCCAGCAACCAGCUACUAUACCCGACAACAUAGCCACCACUCCAAGACCGGACAAAGAUCAAAGUAUUGCAGAGCACGUCUCCCGUUUUAAAACAUGA